CAUCGACCUUCAGUCAUAAAAUUAUAAAGACUCGCCCAUAAAAUCUUCUAAAACAUUAAAUUUGUAUUUUAACUGAACGGAGAACAAGGGACUUGAGAUUCUUUUCGAUAAGAUUAACAAGAAGCAAACAAAAUGGAAUCUGGCACAUUGUUAGUUGCCAUAUAUUUUGCUGCAUGUCUGUCCGGCGCAUACCCACAGCGAUUGUCUCCAAAAGAUGCUGCCAAUUUACUGGCACGUAUUCAGAACUCUCAAAACUUCCAAACAACAGCGGUUGCUGCACCUCAAACGUUCAACCCGACCCCCAAUACCCAAGCAAACGUUCCAGGAUCUCAAACCCAACCAUCAUCGAUAGACCAGCUAAUUAAGACUGCCCAGCCUGCAUCAUUUAAUCAGUUAAUGGAACAAAUUCAGAAAACAACACCAAAUACACAAUCAUCACCACAACAGCAAGCUUCCAAUUCUCCUAGUAAUUUUUUGCCUUUUGCAGCUACUGGUAUGAUCGAUGGUCCCAUGGCCAACAUAGCUGCUGCCAGUGCUCUUUCUAACCGCCCAGGACCUCUAGGAACCAUGAUGGCUACAAAUGUGUUAGACGUGGGCGAUACUGGACGGGGGUUAAUGUUAAUGAAUUCUCUGCGAAAUCAACCACAAGGUAGAGCUGGUUCACAGCCAGGUAAUAAUGCCAUGGGUAAUUAUUUGACUGCUAGAGCCUUUGACAUGGGUGAUACUGCCUCCAGUUUGAUGCUGUUAGGAGGAAUGGGCAAUAGUCAACAACAACAGCAACAACAACAGCAACAGCAACAACCUUUCAACAUGUUCGGAGGGGGUCCCAUGGGUAAUUAUAUGGCCGCCAGGGCCUUUGAUUUUGGUGACUUCAUGACCAACAUGAUGCUCUUUAACGGAAUGGGACAGCAGCAACAACAACCGCAACAGAGACAACAACAACAGAUGCAGACACAACAAGCACCACGACAACAACAGCAACAACAGCGACAAGGACAGUCAAAUUUUGAUCCCAUGUUAGCAAUGUUGUGGGCUAUGUAAAUUAUGCAUGUAUUUGUUACUGAACACUUCUCUAGAAAUGUAACCACAAUGUCUAAUCUAACAUUAAGAUAUAUAUAAUUUAGGCAGAUGUGGUGGGAAUAUCAGUUAGCUAAUAGAUCGUAUUGACUUGAGACGUUCCAGUGAUAAGAACUGUGUAUUCAGUUACGUAUUAUUUCUAGUUCUUGUAAAAUAUAUUUUAUGUAUAUAUUAAUUAUAGCUAUUUAGAGAUUGGAAUAUUAAAACAUAUAUAUUCGGGAA